UCGCUUACUCGCUGCUCACGGUCCUGUCUCUCGUGUCAACCUCUCCCAGUACCGGCCGACCUACCGCGCUUCUGCAACCCCGACCAGGUUCUUAUCUUUCCCCAGCAUUGAUAGUCUGCGCUGGGGCCAAUCACGGAGAUGAACGUGCUGGACCGCCCACCUAGUCUGUGAUAAGCGGCGGCGAAUAUGCGCCCCUCCUCGGUUGAGGCUCUCUUUUCGGCUUCGCGUGGCGUUCUCGAAGCAGCACCUCUGUCCUUACAACCCGACCUCCAUCGUCUUCCCCGAGGUCGAUGUUUCCGCUCUCUUGGGACAUGUGCAGAAGCAAUUACCGGGAUCUAGCAGCAAUCACAACAGGGGCAAAACCAGACUUGACUCCAUCCGCGAACCAUUGUCAAUUUUCGCCUGUACGUUGUGUUGUGGAUGCACUGUGGACCCUCUGGAAUGCAGAUCAGACCAAAGGACAGCGUCUGACGCAAGGAGACCCUCCUACCCACUCCAAUCACUGGGGCACACGCCAACGCCAUGGUAAGACACGGCGUGCGCCUCAAUCAGCGAGUGCUGGACUGGUGUUCCUCAAGGUUAUCUUUCCAACGGGUCUCGGCCAACGCUAUCAUCAUCAUUCCGAUAACCAGGUCUGCGCUAAACACGCUCGACCAUCGAACGCGCUUGUGUGGUAUCCUGCAGGUGAUGGGAGCUGGGGUUCUUAUCACGAGGACACGCAUCGAGAUAUUUGCGCCGAAUCAUGUUGCGGACCUCGCCUGUGUAUACACUUUGGAUAGCCGCUCUCUUGGCUUACAGAGCGAUCUUGACAUGGUUUCAGACGCAGUGUACUGUAAUGAAUGUCAUUCAAGAUGCGCAGGUGGGCUUACCCUCCUAGCCUCGA